AUGCCCCAUGUGAAUAUUUCUUCCGUUGGAGUGACUGAGGCACCGCGACAAGCCAGCGUGGCUAGAGAUUCGCCUAUUGGAGUUUAUCCUUCGCCAGCAACCAAAGAUCAUUUCGAUGACGAUCAUUUUCGAAGUCGACGGCGGAUCUUCAUUGGGCCUAUGCCUGAAAAUACCGCAGCUAGACUGCGUGCCGCUUCGUCUGGGGACAACUCUGCUGCAAAUUUGACUGGAGAAUUUACCAACGAGGAUUUCGCAAGGGAUAACAUGGCAGACGACGAUACUAGUAGCUCAGAAUCAGAACAUCACGAAGAUCACUCGGAAUCCGGUUCGGCUUCUGACCGUUGUUCGGGCACGGCAUCAUCACGGGCACGCAAGAUUUCCCGAAAACGUCUGCUACGUGCAUUCGUCAGUAGGGGUGGAGAUCGAAAGCAUUUCUCUGAGCAUGAAAUAUGGAAGAAGUGGCAUGCUGGAGGGUGGAGUCGUGUCCCAUUGCCUGCAGAUGCUUCGGCAAGACGUUGGGUUGGGGCAAGUUUUGAGGUAGGGAUGGACGUUCUUGGGGAUAUGGGUUCGUCCACAGUCUCGCAACCACAAAAUGGGCGAGGAGACGGUAUGAACCACGGUUCACAAAGCCCAGUGGCCCACUCGCCCACUGGAUUUCAUACUGGUGAUGGACCAGUCUCCCCUCCUCCGCCAUCUCGUACAACUACAAUGGAAACCUUUAUGACCGCACGAUCUAGGAGAUCAUCCAAUUCUGACGAAGAGGCCUCUGUCUUUGACACAAGGUCCAAGGGCAAGUUGAAAUCGAGCGACUGUGUUUUUGGGGAAACUCUGAGCAAUACCUCCAAGGUAUCACUCUCUCAAUCAAGACUUGGAGAGCCUUCGAGUCAAACUAGCGAUGCUACCCAGCGUGUGGAUAGCCCUGUGUCUUCAUCCCCACUUCUCCGUAAUUCUUCCAAAACAAGGAAACCGAGGCCACACUCUACAAUUGGUAUUCCAAACGUUCUGAGUGGACAGCCCAAACCUGGCCCUUCAAAUGCAUCCGAGUCGCACUUGCCUGCUCUUUUGAGCUCUCCUCAAAUACACAGCUUGGAGUCUAAAGAAAAUGGUCUCCGUUCAGCCUUGCGUCGUAAUUUUGGGACGCUCAAAGGAGGCUCAAUCAAGCAACGAUCAGUAGUAUUCGCCGAGUCGCCAAAACCUCUUUCUGAUACAGCACUCGAUCCGUUCAGUAAACUGCAUCGUUCAACGUCUUUGUCAGCUCCAUCUGCGUUACCUAUAAUCGCUCAAGCUCCUUCGGAGAAUCCUGCAUCACCCGCAGAGGUCCUUGGCCGGGAGUCUGAACCGACGGAUACCACGAGUGCAGGGGCUGCUGUGGCCCUUCAGGCCCAGCAAACCCGUAUUCCUGAGGACGGAAUUGUAUUAAGAGAUAGGAUGCUUGUCCGAGCGGCGUACAACAGGUCUUCUGGACUCCCCAAGCCCUAUGAUGAGGCUGAAGCGAGGCGCCACCCUGAUACACAAGAAAUGCAAUGGAAGGAGAUGCUCGUUGUAUGGCGACGGUCUAAUGACAGGGAGGACCGUGUGGAGCUGUAUCAAGACUACGCUACUCCAGGGAAGGAACGAAUACUAGGCCACAAAGAUUUGGCGUUUGUGGUACCCCUGACCGAGGGGGUUACCAGCGUAUCGUUAUAUUCACACGUCGACUCAACAUUUUGCUUGACAUGUCCUCCAACACCCGUUCGAACCGGUACUCCAUCAAAACGCGCAAGAUUUCAUCGGGCACCGAUCGGAACCAACAUUUUUGUUUGCAAAGUCAAGAGCCGCACGAGGGCGCUGAACUGGAUUUGGAACCUUUGGAGGUACCUUGGUGGAAAGCUUCCAGACACCAUUGACAUCCACUGCCCGGCCCUGGGUACUCGCGUUCGCGUUGACAUACCAGACCUAGACCAUGGUGCAAGCGACUCGUGGAAACGUUUUACCCGUUCGUAUCUUAUCGAAGCUUGUGGCCGGUCACUUCGGGGCCUUCCGGAUUGGGACUCGAUGAUGGAAUCACCCGCGCUGCGUGGAAGUCGGUUAGAAUUGGCUUGGAGAAAAGAGAGCAAGUUAGAUUGGGUAUGGCAAGAAACCGACGAUGAGGGCAAAGAGAUUGAUUGGCAGGUCCUCUUUGGUCUGGCGCUGAGACAGCCAAGCCUUCCAUCACAACUGGAGAUUCGCCUGGGAUUGCAUGCGCCAACCCAUGUUGCGCUUAGUGAUGGCUCUAGUUUAGGCAAGACCAAACUCGUUCCGUUACACGAACCACCAGCGGUUGAAGGCUAUUUACACCGAAUUAAACCCAAAACCCUAACUCGUACCAAUGUGUAUCUCACUUCCCACGAUGGCUAUUUGUUCACGCUGCGGUACGCCGAUGCGGAGCCGCCUGCACCUCCUGUGCUAGUCCAGCAACCCCUCGACGAUACCGGGCGACAAAUCGUACGCCAGAGAGAACUUUGGCGUGCGAGAUGUAUGAUCCUAAAUGCGGAUGGAUAUAUCGACCUACGAAGUAUCCUUGCCGUUCGAAGAGCAGUCGAACCUACACCUCCUACCGGGACCAUCGAUAUAGGGGUUGCGAGGUCUACAAAGCGUCUCCCAAAUGAUACGCACGAGCACGAUGACUUUGAUGAUGGUUGGGUAGAUCAAGCAGAUGCUUCGGACGGUGAGGAUGAGGGUGGGGAUGAGUACUUGUCAAGAAACGAAGACAAGGCACGACUCAAAAUGAAGCGAUCAUUCGAGUUGAUUAUGCGAUCAGGGCGUGUCAUCCGGUUUGAGGCCUAUUCUAGAAACAUAUGUCUCGAGUGGAUCGCAAAUUUGCGCAACUUGAUCAAGUACUGGACUCGUAGACACAGGGUAGAUGCCCGAGACGAAAUGGAAUUGGUGUUUGCCACCCAAGGUCGGGUACGGUUCACCAUACCAAAACUUGGGAGGGAAGAAGCACCCGAAGGGUGGGUUCCGGAUGGUGCUUCCCCAUACCUGGCCAAGGUAAUCAAUCCUUUUCUGCACAAAACUCUUGUUGAUCGGUUUGCAUACCCCAGUUUUGGAAUUGGAGGGCAUCUUGUCCUUUUCCAUAUUACUCCGAAUGUGACAUCGUACCACCGUCAUUCUCGAACAGUUAACCUCGCCGAUGCUUAUGUUUAUUCUGGCCAGAUUGCUAUGAGAUCAUUACCCCGCGCCGCGGGGGUGGAUUCUCGGCAGAAAAUCCCCCGAAGGUACCAAGACGGGUUAGAAUCUGAUGACAGCGAGGAAGAUACUACCUUCAUAAUAUGGUAUCGCCCCCAUAACACUCAUAUACCCCUGGAUCCUUUGCUUUCUUCUGAAUCGACGGUUAAAGACGAACCAACUAUAGCGCCACUGGGCGGCAAGCAUAAACUCAUCAUUUGCAAGGCUCGCAGCCGCCUAGAACGAGACGUUUGGUGUUGGGUUCUUAACACUGAGAUAGAGCGCCUUUCGCGCAUGCUGCUAACGAGGGAGAAGCACAUGAGACGUCAGGGAGCAUUGGUAUCUGAAUGA